AUGGACCUUCUAAGUUUUUUAGCAAAAUACGAUGAUACCCUAAAAAAUAGUUUUAUUGAGUCGACGACUUUCCGAGAUACCUCAAACAGAAUCCAAAAUGAAUUAAUUAAAUGCACUGCCGACGUUGAGAUGGAUCACAUUAAAAGUGAGAUUAAAAAAGCACCUUUCGUAUCAAUUACGCUUGAUGAAACCAUAGAUGUAGCAAACUUAAGUCAAUUAUCUAUUGUUGUGCGAUAUGUAUUGGAUGGCAUUCCUCAAGAGCGAUUAUUAGGAUUAUUGGACAUCACUAGCGAACGAACUGCAGAUACUAUGCUUAAAAUUGUUUGUGACAUUAUUUCAGGUUUAGAAUGUGGUUCUAAGCUUGUUGCCCAGAGCUAUGAUGGUGCUGCCGUAAUAGCUGGCCAUUUAGGAGGCCUUCAAUCUAAAGUGAAAGAGAAGUAUAAACAUGCAGUUUUCGUUGACUGUAUAGCACAUAGACUUAAUUUGGUUUUAUCGCGAAGCAUGGAUAAUAUUAAAGUUUGCAAAGUUUUUUUUUUGACGAUUAGUAGUUUGGUUACUUUCUUUUCAAAGUCAUCGAAAACUACUCGCGCUUUGGACAUUCACGUUCAAAAACGGUUUCCAAAAGUUGCUCCGACGCGAUGGAACUACAAUGGACGUUUAGUACAAACAGUGUUUCAGUACCGUGAUGCUUUGAUACACUUUUUUCACGACGUUUGGGAUAAUAAAGAAAUAUAG